GUGCGUAAAGUUGAUAAGUAGAUAAUUUUAUAUUUCAUAACGUUAAACGUAGGACGUUGGUAAAAACUUUUAAUUUUGAUAAAUUGAAUAAUUGCUACUAUAAAUAGGACAAUUGUUUGAUCAGUAAGCUGCCAAAAUGUCAUUGGUAAAAAAGUUAGUGGAACAGCUAAAAAGUAAAGAGUUUCGGGAUUAUUUAAUGAGCACACAUUUUUGGGGGCCAGUAGCAAAUUGGGGUAUACCACUAGCAGCUAUAGCAGACACAAGAAAGGACCCAAGGUUUAUUAGUGGUAAAAUGACAUUUGCCUUAACACUCUAUUCGCUGAUGUUUAUGCGUUUCGCGUGGCGAGUACAGCCACGAAACAUGUUAUUGUUUGCAUGUCACUUAACAAAUGAGUGUGCACAGUUGACGCAGGGAGCUAGGUUUAUCAACUACCACUACAUACAGGGACCCGAAACAGAAAAACAGAAUGCACAAGAAAAAGAGAAGUAGAUAGGUAUGUGUUAUGAUACUUGUGCAAUGAUAAAUUGACUAGGGCAAAAGCAGGUAUUCUUGAGAUUUAGGAAACAGGUUAGUAAGGUCAUUUUUGUAACUUAAGGGGCCCAAUGACUAAGUUUCAUCAAGUAUUUGUAUUUAGUAAAGUUAACUGUAACUUGUGCAAAAAUGCAAGGGUUUUCUUUGUAUAUAAAUAUUAGUUGAAAACUAAUGAUGAAAGUGAACUAUGUCUAUUAUUUUAGAACAUCAUAUUGUAUACAAUAUAUAAUAUAUUGUUUUAGAACAUCACUCAAACUUAAAUCAAGCUACAAGAGCUGUUAAACCAUUUUUUUUUAAUUUGAAAUUAGAACAUAUUUGACAGUGCUUAAUCAGAGGCUUGUGGUACCUUUUGGGUUAUAUACUAACUACAAGCAGUGCCCAAGUAUUCCUUAGAAAAAUUCUUUGUUAUUUUAUUACCAUUUUCUAUGUAAAGGUGCAAUGUGUAAAAGUUCAUAGUGCAAGUAUCACAACCAUAUUAAAAUUAAAAAAUAUUUUAUUAGUUGAAUAGGUUUGUAAGUAGAUGAAUUUAGUUAAAAUAUUUUUCGGCUGCAACGAUAAGUCCUAAAGGGCUAAAUGUUAUAGUAACAUCGAAUUCGUGUAUAGGCCUAUACCUUGGUUAGAUUUUAUUAUGUCAACCCUACAAGUAAUUUAAGACUACUGAAAACUGGUAAACUGACCUUUAAAUAAAAAUGGAACUUAUUUUAUUUCAUUAAUAUUUUUAUUAAAAUAACGAAUCUACAAAUUGAUUUACUAAGCUUAUGUACAUUGCAGUUUUAAAACUUAUGUACUUAUAAAUAAAUGAAAGUUAAAAUCAAGAAAACCGUAAAAGCCUCGGUUUCUCAAGACAUUGUAAGAGAAUAUAAAUGUUAUGGCUGUGUAUAUGUGCCAAUUGUUAGUAGUUUCUAUUUGUGCAUAUCUUUUGAGUAUUUAUUUAACAAUAGCUUUUGUUAAACCUUGAUAUUUUGUUUUCCUGUUUUCACAUUAUCUGUCUGUUGUUAGCAUUUUCAAAUCACAGAUAUAAUAUUAGUAGAAUGUAAUGCCUGCCUGUGUGACAAUAGACAAUGGCAUCUGUAUGAAGUACUUAUAGGUGUAUCAAACUUUUUUAAUUUAAUUAAGAUAAACACAUUGAAUCUGUGACUUUGAGUGCGUUAAAAGGUGCUAACCACUAGAAGUAAGGUUUAGUUUACAUAAUUAACUCCGCAAAGUUAUUAUAAAACUCUAAAAAGUCUUAAGAGCAUCCCAUGGACAUAAGAAUCUUGAAAUGAAUUUAUAAUGCCUUUUUUUAUUAGGCACCAAGUGUAUAUGUCGCAGCAAACUAGCUUAAUUAGCCGUUCAAUUAACAAGCUCAAUCAAGCUAGUUGACUGCGACAUAUAUAUUUUUGGUGAUCUAUCCUGACAUCUAUAAAGGAAUUGUAGAAUUAUAACCAUAAUUGUUAUCUAUGCCAAUAUAGAGCAUACAUAAAUCAAUUAUAAAUUAAUAACUAUAUGCGUAAAAAUAACUUUAGUUUAAUUUUAAUGAGGUUUUGGACAAGAUGACGUUACCAGGUUACUGCGUUGUGAUUCGUUGUAGCCGAAAUUGUUAUGUACAAAGUUAUAUUUUUGGAAAAUUUAUAGUGAUUAUUGAAUUAUACUCUAUUGUUGAUCUAUUAUGUAUGUUUAUUUGUGUUCAGUUGUUUAUUCGAAUAAAUUAAUAGAUAAUUA